CCACUUAUCUUCCCAUUUCGCCUUUCCCUUGUCCUUCUGUAUUUCUAUCAAUCUAGUAGGUCGUGUUACAUUCGGUCACGACUUGCCAUUUGAGUGUUUGGUCUUCCUCGCUCCAAAAACAUCGUUUGCCAUUUGUUUCUUCAAAUCUAUACAGCAACGUUGCAAAGUUUUGAGGUUUGAACCCUUUUUCAACAAGAAGGAGAAAAAUUGAGUCCCGUACCCGUUGGUGAAAAACGACGUUCGACCGUGACCACAGACGAGGCCAACAUGUUUUCCUCCAAGCGGAAGAUGGUGGCUUCCGCUUUGAUCGUGACCACGAAGGCCAUGUGGAUGUUUUCCUUCAUCAACCAGAAGAUGCUGAAGAUGGGGUGGACGAACUACAUUAGGAGGAAGAGUUGUAGGCUGAAGAUGCCUCAUCCGCAUCACCAUCGCCAUCUCCACCUUUCUUCAGCCUUGUCCUGCCUGUUGACUCUGUUACUAAAUACUAUGCUUUUUCUGGUGUUGCCUCCGAGCAUUCCUCAAACUACAUUUUUCUGUUUCGGUGCAAGUUCUCCGGAGCUAGUGCGCCAAAUCUACCGGACAAUGGUUAAGGCUAACUUCCAUUAUCCCGUGGUUGUGACCAAGGAAUUACUUAUGUUGUUGAGUGAUGAAGAGGAAGCAAAGGGGCAACCAACUCACUCAAUCAGCAAUCAACCAGGGAUAGCGUUCAAAAACUAGCGCUAAAAUGGUGCACACCAUCCUAAACGACGACCCCUGUCCACUGGCUGACGAGCCUAAGCGUGAUUUCGUGGAGAUGCAGAAUAUGGCCAAAUUGGACGCAGCGGGCGAGAAAGUGCCGGUAACACAGGAGGAUAUCCGGGAGAUUUUUGAAAGCUCCAUAACAAGGUUCCACCUGGGGGAUAGGUAAUACGCAUUUACUUACAGGUCGUCCGGGUUCCACCUCGGGGAAAAACAGUACUAAGUUCACAUGCACAUGAGGUCAUUUUUGCUCUAAGAAUACAGGCGCAGAGGAUUGUAAUUCCAAUGUAAAAAUUGAUGAAGACUUCGGUCGCGGUCCAAGCGUAUUCGUAAUCCUUUCAUCAUCAAUAUUGUAGUGAUAGUACUACUACUAUAAUGCAGACGCAGCUGUUGUAGUUAGUUGUGACUUAGAGGAAAAUGAGUGGAAGUGGAACGACUAGAAGCAAGUAGGCAAGUAAUCUGCUCAGGAGAAGUCUGACGAAGUCGGAUGAGUCAUCUUCUUUGAAGCUGCAUGUUGCCAAUUAUUAUACCUGCGAACCUUCCCGAACCCUAUCAUCUCUUGUCAAUUGUAGGUUCCCUCUCGCUCUCAUCUCAUGCAGCCUCCUCAUCGCCUGUCUCAUGUGACCUCCCUCUCAUCACCAUUACUCUUCACCUGACAACAAGCAGUGUGAGCCUUUUUUAUCAGUAUCAUCUCUUCACUUUAUCAGCAAAGUGCCACAUAGCUAUCCCCCCGCAGGCGGGCAGAAAUGCCAAGGCCCCAGACAACCUUGCUUCACCGCGUUAGCAAGUAACCUGAGGACCCCAGCCACCAAGAAAGCAACUCGUAGCGAGUAGUUACUCUGACAGUAGACAAUAGCUUACCCAAUCGCCACACGCUAUUGACCGAUGUGAUGUGCUUGGCGGGUGACUAACGCGAACGAGUCUAAGGGAUGGCGAGGGCAGCCGCCUCCCCGUCACACGGUGGCCAAUAACUAAAAAUUUUCUUCAUAUGCGCUCACGAUUAAGUACGUGGCCACCGUGCUCCCCUACCAGUAUACACAUGCAAGAUCCUUGAUGUUCUUCUAAUGGACAUGCGCUCUUAAAUAAUAUGCAGGUGGAGAAAUAAAGAGGACGACUUGACGACUUCGGAGUGGCGUAAUGUGUACCCAUCUUAUAUGCACGAAAAUCCAGCAGGGGCGGAUAAAAGUCCAGCACGUACUCAGUUUCAUCGGCUUCGACAAGGUAAGAAUCGGAACGUGUGCGCAAAGCGAGGCACGGCUGCAGAGGAGCGUCCACCUAUUAAGGCUAAUUAUUAUUUUUCUCCGUGUGUUAAAUUAUAAGGGAAAGUAGGUAGUCACUACCGAAAUACUGAGUUACAGAAUUACCGAGUUGCAGAAUUACCGAGUUGCAGAAUUACCGAGUUGCAGAAGUAGUGCCGAAUUGCUGCUUUUAGAUCUUCUACUUUUCGUUGCCGAAUAAUUGCAGAAUUUUUAGAAUUACACUCCAACUUUUAGACUCAAUUACACCGACAUCCGGCACUACAGCCAUCCUUAUUCUUGGCUCUUACUUUUACUAGCAGAAAAGAAGGAAGCCGAAGCCAGGGAUGUUCUUCCACUACUUCUGAGAUAGUUAGUAUGUAUAAAUGCAUUCAAUGUGUGUGCACUGUACUAGUGCAGAUUCAAGCACUGAGUCAGUUCUCUGCUUCAAGGCUUAUUCAAUUCUGCAAGAGCCUCUUCUAAGUCAUCCACAAAGUGCGGACCGACAGCACACCACUUUUUGGACGCGUUCGAAGUUUUUUUGGACAAUGGUCGAAGUGGACAGACAAAAAUUGUCCUUCUGCUGGAUCCCCUCGACAUGACGAGUGUGCGGGAAAUGUGGUGGAACCCGGAUGAAGAUAAGGAACUACACGAAUACCAGAAUCCGCAGCUCAUUGGUACACUAGAAGCAGAGUUUAUCGAUGCAGCGGGAAAGCCUGUCGAAUUACGCGAGAGGAAAUCCUCUGCAGAUCCAUCCUCUAGAUCAGCUUCUGGGGAUGAAGAUGGGGACGAAGAUGGGGAUGAGGAUGAAGGCGGAAAUGAUAGCAAUACAGAGGACGGAAGCACCGGUGGCGAUUCUCAUUCCCAAUCUCAACAGGGUGGAUCAGGUUCAGAACAGGGCAGCGCUGGAGGCCGAAGAAAAGGACAAGGUGGAGGUCGAGGAAAAGGGUCGGGUGAUGGACGUGCAGGAACUCCUCCAAAAGAUGGCGGCAACGAUAAUAAAGGUAGCAGCGUCAUUUUUUUAGACUUGAUCCUGAGUCCAUUGUGUUUGUUUGCGCUUGUUUGCUUGGUCAUGGUUGUUUUGUUUAGUACCUACAAAGCAAACUAAAGUGAAGCUUUCUUGUUUCGUUUCUUGACAGUAUCGACAACGAUAGGUGACCUUUGAAGAUUAAAUAGCAAGGAGGUGAAAUAAGUAGAAGGCUUUUCUCUGUAGUUGAAAGUUGAAACGGCGCCCCAUUAAGUCUGACUUCUAGAUCUCGCCUUCUCUUUUUCCUCAUAUAUGUUAGUAGCAGGAACUUUCUAGUAGAGAAAAGACGAGUAUUUUUGUAUAUCCUCAUGACCUCGAUCUCUCUCACUCUCUCGGCAAUCUUCAAUAAAGGCGUAAACAGCGAAAGGGAGCGCGUUGCGUCGAGUGCUGCGGGAGUUCGUGUUCGAGUGCGCUGGUUUCAUCCAGAGAAUAAAGUUAAAGCCCAAAGUGAACAACAUUCGAGCAAACAAGGGCCCCCCCCGAAGUUAGUUGUACCUGGCGGCUUGCAGUUGAUCAGCAGGAGCGCAGAGAGCCUUGAUGGGCGAAAUGCUUUGGUAGAAAAAAAAGCACCCGCAGGUUAUCUCGUGCCGUGGGAGUACGCAUCGUACGCAGAGGAAUACAUUGAGUAUACGAAUAUCAACAGGAAGGAAGCGCUCCAAAUGUUCGCGCCUGACUCAGCUCCGCAGGGUGGUGGAGGGCAAAGCGACGAGCGCGACGCAGUCCCAUCGAUUUCCAAUCUUGUCAAAAAAAGCCGCGCAAAGACGCCAGCACGCUUCCAAUUUCAGGAAGAGCACCUCGAGGCUGUGAUACCAGGAGUCGACGCAAUUUCAUCAAGCCAAAGCGCCAUUCUUUUAGGAGGUCGUUUGUAUAAAUGUACACUGCAUCAGCAC